UCGAGUCCACUGCGGUAGAUGCAGGGCUGAAGACGCCGUAGUCUCGUAGAUAAGUAAAAUGGCUCCUCGAGCUCUUUUCUUCGUCACCUUCUCGCCACGCACCCUCUCUUUUUUUUCCAUCAUCAUUCUUGCUCAAGGGUUUCCUGGCGAACCUGUCCACUCCUUUAUAUCAUUAUUUUGUAAUAAGCAUAAACCAACUGUUGGUGGUUUCACCCACGCGGAGGCGAAGUCCAGAUCCACCAAUCGUACUCCAAACAAUUGCUAUUCCUGACGACGACCAUGGUCAAAUCGGGAACAUCGUCGAAGUCGGUGUGGGCCCAGUUUGGUCUGGGAGGAAGAAGUCGAGACGCAGAUGUUCCUAGUGCGCCAGUACGUGUAUCAGAAGAUGCACAGGCCAAGUCCUUCGACAAAAAGGCACCGAUUCUGGUAGAGUUCACUGGACAGAAUCGGGAUCGACUGCCCGAUAGACCUAGCACCUCUGCUGGACCUGCAUCAAGCUUCGCAAGGAGAAAGAACGCCGAGAAGAGGGAGACGAAGGACGAUUUGCACUUCAACCCUCUGGCGGUGCAUGGAAGAGGGACGACAUUUUAUAACUUUCCCCUCCCGGGCUCGCUCCUUACACCUGCCAGCUCUCCCAAAUCGUCUGCUCCUUCAGUUCAUAAGUCCUCGCUUGCUCGACCCUCAACCCCGGAGUCGAUGGAAAUCACUCCCGCACCACCAUUGGCGUCAGCAACAACAAUGAACGUUCCUCAAGGAGAGAUCGGGAUGGCAUUAGGGAGCCCAUCACAUGCACCAACACCAUGGCAAGAACAUUCCGUCGAGACGUAUAUCAGGCACGAGUCACCGGAUCAAAUGGAUAGCUCAGUUGAUGGUUCUUGGGAUAAUCCUCCUCUCAAGCAUAAACCCAGUCGAUGGAAGAUCUUGGGGGGCAUCUUUGGAGCUGGCAAGAAGCCACAACCUGCUUUCUACCAACUUCAACCAGAGACAACGCAACAAUCCGAGUCUGAUCAUGUUCAAGAGCCUGUCGAUAAGCGUCCAAAGUCUCGUGGUCGAGGAUGGUCCAAUUCCACCAGACGAAGAAACAACAAGCCUGAAAUAUCUAGGUCAAAUACGCUUCCUGCAUUCGACAUGAGUGGAGGGCGAGCAGCAACCGCCACGCCAGAGAUUACACUCGAAGGAGGACCUCUAAUUGAAAAUGCGUCGAGGUUCGCACAGAAAGGCGCUGGCUUACUUGAUGUUGAUAUCCCGUCCAUUCAGAUGGAACGGUACAGCAUCAUGUUCAGUGGCGUCCUUCAGAAACCGCAACAGACAUCGUCGUCACUUCUUGCAAGACGACAAGCGACACUUGACAAGCUCAAGACCGUCAACGAAGCACUUGCUUCGAAGGAACAAGAAAUAGAAGUCAAAACUAGGCUUCUCUUACCACGAAGAGCGACAUCUCCUUCUGCUAUGAAGACACAGAGUCCAGCAUUUUCGCUCUUUCCCAACACGCCGUCACGAACUAGAGAAUUAUCGCCAUCCUCACGACAUCGUCCGUCUGGCAGUCUUCACCGAUCGAAUACCUCACCAGCAGCUCUUUCACCUUCGCGUCCUUCGUUUGCUCCCGGCCCAGACAACGAAGCUCACGCACGACUCAUGGCUAAAGAGCAUGGCAGAACAAGUCCAGAGAAAAGGAGAGACGCUCAAGAAUCGAGAACAAACAAGCUGAAGACUGAGGCCGGAAGACCUUCAACAGCAUCCCCAACUCCAAAGCCCUCACAAUGGUCGCCAGACAAGUCACAUCUUACUCUGGACGACAAUAGUGAUAACGAAGAAGGAGACGAAGAGGUCGUCGAAGAAUGUGAAAAGGAAGAUACCUACGACCCAGCUCCAUUUCCCAUGAAGCCAAAGCUGGUUGAACCUGAUUGGCAAAUCAUCAACCCACCUCACGCCCAUGCUACCGCACCAUCAGUCUCUGGCUCCUCAACAUCCGGAUCCAAUCACUCGACCUCAGCAUCCAACUCAUCCAGCAUCUCAACACCACCCAGUACCGGCCUCCCAGCAAAACCAAACAUGCCCUCACCACCCCUAACAUCCUCAAUAAGCCCCAAAGCACAAGCACAAGCGCGUGCCCGAGCAGCAACAGUCUCAACCCGCCCACCACAAACCCGCUCCCGCUCCGCAACCACAACCACCAUCCCCCGCCGCUCCCCUCAACCCAACCCCGAAACAAUCGACUCGCCAACCCUCCACCCGGAACCAAUCCGCUCCCUAUCCUCGGCCAUCUCUCCCUCUUCCGCCCAAGCACAAUCCCGCCCUUCGCCCUCAAAAACCACCCCCGUCGACGAAGACGACGACGCAGAAGCGCGCCUCAAAUCCCUAGCCGACGUCUCCAUCGCCCGCCAGAUCUCCGUCUCGCGUCAACAGCGCCAACUCCUCGUCCCGAUCAAAACCUCGCUGAAAUCCUCCUCUUCGAACGGGAGUUUGAAACGGAGUCCCAAUCCCGUCAACGCUGCUAGUCCGCUUAGCGUCGUGGCUGGAGGCGGUGCAGAGGUGAACAAAGAUGAGAAGAAAGGAGAGGAGAUCAGUAUCGGGUUGAGGGUCGGUGGUGGUGGUGGGGAGAGGGAGAUGAGACAGAGGGAGUUGAGGGAUUUGCAGAAUCGGAAGAGUGAGAGGGUUGUUGUCGAGAGGGUUAGUGUUGUUUCUACUUCCUAGGUAGGGAAAGAAAGAGCUGUGGGUGGUGUUAUCAAACAAAAAAAAUACUCUGGUAGUAAGGUUUCUUCUUUUUUUGGCGGUGUUGGAAAAGG